AAGAAGAAGAAGAAGAAGAAGAAGAAGAAGAAGAAAGAAAAUAAAAAAAAGGAAAGAAGAAUGGUGGUGAAAUCUGAAAGCACGAGGAACGGUCACGAGCUGGCUCCUCUAAACGAUGAUCGUCAACAACCACCUCACAAUGUUACCAUUGUCGUUUCCGGAAAUCAAAAUGCAACUAAUGUCAACCCGGAACCAAGACCGGAAGAUAACAGAGCAGCAUGGAGUGGAAAAAUGCAAUUCUUUCUUAGCAUCAUUGGUUAUAGUGUCGGGCUUGGAAAUAUUUGGAGGUUUCCUUAUCUGUGCCAACAGAAUGGUGGAGGUGCCUUUCUUAUACCAUUUUUCGUGAUGCUCAUCUUAGAAGGGGUGCCAUUAUUUUUAAUCGAAUUGGGUGUUGGACAACGAAUGAGACAAGGUGCCCUAGGUGUUUGGAAUACGAUACACCCCUGGUUGGGUGGUAUAGGAAUAGCCUCCUGUAUUGUCACCUUCUUCGUUGCACUUUAUUACAACGUCAUUAUUACCUGGUGUUUCUUCUACCUCUUCAACUCUCUCGAGGCAGUCACAAUUAAUUUCGGCGCACCACUGCCAUGGGCGAAGUGCCCGGAGAUCAACGAGAAACCGGUAGAAGAAUGUGUCAAGAGCUCUGAGACAGCUUACUUUUGGUACAGAACCACAUUGGAUGCUGCACCAUCAAUCGAGGAAGGAUCAUCUUUGAAAUGGUGGAUCGUAAUGUGCCUUUUGCUAAGUUGGGUCGUUAUAUUCUUUAUCGUCAUGAAGGGAAUACAAUCAUCGGGCAAGGUAGUUUAUUUUACCUCGAUGUUCCCGUACCUUGUACUCACGAUCUUCUUCAUUCGUGGGAUUACAUUGAAAGGUGCUAGUGCCGGAUUAGCUCACAUGUACACGCCAAAGGUGGAGAAAUUAUUGGAGCCCACGGUCUGGCUAGAUGCGGCAACACAAGUCUUCUAUAGCUUUGGAUUAGCUUUUGGUUCCUUGAUCGCAUUCGGAAGCUACAAUACACCCGACAACAAUUGCGUCAGGGACGUGAUUCUGGUGAGCGUGUGCAACGCGUUUACCGCCAUUUACGCGAGCGUUGUCAUUUUCGCCAUUUUGGGGUUCAAGGCGAUGUCGAAUGUGGACAAGUGCCUGGAAAGCAAUAAGGUAUCUCUAAUCAAGUAUGGUUUUCUCUUUGAAAAUUCAACGAUGGAGGAUUACGAAAACGUUGUUAAUACGUUCAACAGUUCGGCCACUAAUUUAACCUUGGAUGUAUGCAGUUUGAACGAACAACUUAAUAACGCAGCCGAAGGUACAGGUUUGGCAUUCAUAGUCUUCACACAAGCUAUCGUCGAGCUUCCAGGUGCACCAUUUUGGUCCUGCAUAUUCUUCCUAAUGUUAUUGGCCCUUGGUCUUGGUUCACAGAUUGGUAUUAUGGAAGGAAUGUUAUGCGUAAUAUUUGACAUUGAUCUUUUCAAAAGAAUUAAGAAACAAUAUAUAACAGGUGUAGUGUGUAUCGUGUGUUUCUUCGUUGGUCUGAUAUUCUGUACCGGUGCAGGUGAAUAUUGGUUGAAAAUGUUUGACAGUUUUGCUGGUACCAUUGGUUUAGUCAUGGUUGCACUUAUGGAAAUGAUUUCUGUUAUCUUUGUUUAUGGUCACGAAAAAUUCACGAAAGACAUUGAAGAAAUGACAGGUUAUAGGCCAGGUAUUUAUUGGCAAGUAACAUGGAGAUUUCUUGCACCAAUAAUCAUGGUUUGCAUACUAAUAUCUAGUAUUGCAUCCAUGUUUAUUAAGAAACCAGAAUAUUCAGCAUGGAAUGCUACACUGGGUGUAACAGUACCAACCCCUUAUCCAGGCUGGGUAUUAGCAAUAGCAGCUUGCAUUAUUUUUGCUGGUAUUGCACCAAUACCAAUAGUUUUUCUACUCAGAGUAUUCCAAUGUGUGAAACUCGACGUGGAUAUUCAUCAAGGUAGCAUCCGUCGUAUUGAUACUACUGUAUCAACUAAGGAAAUGAUGGGUGACGUUGAUUUAGACGAGUACCAUGAUCGAUUAGAAGAUUUUCCAGAAGAAGAUGAAGAUGUUAACAGCGACGAUGAUAACAAUAGUGCACCGCCUAUAUCCAAAAUAGUUCCCAAUAAGCUACAAGGUAGAGCUUUUAAAAUGGAAGCUAUGGAAUUUUGAAUGCUUCAUCGCAAGAAAAAAAUUUAAAAA